AUGGACGACUCUGCUAUCAAGCCGGCUCUCUAUCCUGCUUCCACUGAGGAAACGGACCUUAAGCCUAACGUUCAGGUAGGCAGAGAUCACAUUGACCUCCGUCCACAUGAGUCUUAUGAAGGUGCACAUCGCUGGGACCCUUUGGCAGAGUGGUCUUCAGAGGAAGAGGCUCGUGUUGUGCGGAAAGUCGACUUCUAUCUGCUUUCUUGGAUUUGCUUGAUGUUCUUCGGGCUGCAGCUUGAUCGAGGCAAUAUUUCAAACGCCUUGACGGACAAUCUUCUACCGGACCUGGGUUUGAAUACCAACGACUAUAACAAUCUUCUUUGCUUCCUUGCAGCAGAAUUCCCUGUCCAACUCUUGAUCAAACGAUUUGGCUUCAAGCAGAUUCUGCCUUUGAUGAUGAUGGGAUGGGGUACUGUCUCAUGGGGACAAGCAUUCAUGACCAACAAGACUGGUUUCUAUAUUACGAGAGCUUUGAUCGGGCUAUUCGAAGGCGGUUUCAUCCCUGGAACCAUCCUGUUCGCGUCUUACUUUUACAAGUCUGCCGAGCUAUCGGUACGAUUGGCAUGUUUCUGGUCAACACUAAAUAUCGCCCGUGUCAUCUCUGCUCUUUUGGCUGCGGGUAUCUUGAAGAUGCGCGGUAUCCACGGUCGCCCUGGAUGGUUUUGGUUAUUCCUGCUAGAAGGUGUCUUGACUUUCGUCAUCGGUCUCGUAAGCUACUUCUACCUGCCUUACUCGCCUACACGUACGAAGAGUGUGAUAUGGCGCAAAGGAUGGUUUAACGAGCGUGAGGAGACAAUUCUUGUGAACCGUAUCCUGAGAGACGAUCCUGCCAAAGGAUUGACUGCAAUCCAAGAGCCAGCUACCAUGCGCGACAUCAUCAACACCUGGAAAGACAGCUCAACAUGGGGUCUAUACCUCAUUGGUCUUAUUGCGUAUAUUCCUGCAGCGCCCGUCUCUGGCUACCUCUCCCUAACACUAAAACGUCUUGGUUUCUCGACCUUCGACUCGAACAUGCUCACCAUCCCUUCUGCUGUUCUGCAGAUCAUUCUAAUGCUUGCAUUGGCAUAUAGCAGCAACUACUUCCUCGAGCGCACAUGGCAUUGUAUCUUUGGCGAGUUCUUCAUCAUGCCAUUGCUCAUUGCCCUCCUCGCUCUGCCUUCUGGCGGCUACAACUGGGGUCGAUUCUCCAUCUCGACACUCAUUAGCGGAUAUCCUUACUUUCACCCAAUCGUUGUGGCAUGGAUCAGUGAAAACACCUUCGACGUCAAAAAGCGUGCCAUCUCUGCUGCCACAUACAACGUUAUUGUGCAGGUUGGAAGCGUCAUCAGUUCGCAGAUAUAUCGCAAAGACGACGCCCCUUAUUACUACCGUGGUAACAAGGUCCUCGUGUCGAUUUGCGCGUUGUCGCUUGUUACGUUCAUUGUCCAGCGUGAAUAUCUGCGCUAUUUGAACCGUCGCAAGGAGAAGCAGUGGUCUCAGUUGAGUAAGGAGGAGCAGCUAGCUUACCAGUCAGAUCAGUUGGAGAGAGAAAAGGAUGGCAACAAGAGAUUGGACUUCAGGUUCCAGUACUGA